CUUUUUUUUGCGCCUUCAUCCAUAUUCCUUAAGCAUCCGUAUCUUGCUGACCCACACCCGCCUCCUGGGAGUUUACUCGUCUCUUGAUGGGCAUUUUUCAAGUACCGCACUUUUCAUCCUUCUGCUCAAUCUCUUAGAGGUAACCCUCAUACAAUGCGGCAUUUUUGGAAAUGUGCAGACGGCUCCCUGCCUCGAAUCCUGUCGCCAGUCGGGCUUUUCGUGCUCUUGGCCAGCCUCAUCCUAACCACCAACGCCCAGGCGAUCGAUGCGAACCUGAUCGACAUUACCAAAUAUUCCGAUUGGAAUGACCUCCGAGCUUGCGUGCAGUGCUGGCUCAGCACCUGUCCAGGGAACGUUUUCCGGCUGUUUGGGUGCACGACCAAUGCCUGUGCCUGCCGGGCAUCUACUCUUGGGAGCAUAAUUCCUGUUUUAGAAGAUGGUGUCGUCUCGGCCUGCAGUAACUUGGACGACGCCUCGACAGCCGUCAGUGUUCUGAAAGGUUAUUGUUCUGAAAAGGGUUACACGUCAAUCCUAGAGCCUACCAUUCUAGAGACGACAGCUUGCAUUUGGCGUCGCUCUAUUGGCUUGCCUGAUGACCUUGGCAACGCCUACGAUUUGGAUAUUCCGGCUUCAGAGGCUGAGACGCGAACUUUAGCACAUCAAGUCACGGAGAGCCGUGCGUCAUCGUCCGAAGUCCUCGAAUCCUCUACAUCAGCUUCGGAAACCUCAACGGAAGCAUCGGCGGAGAUGUCGGCGCAAGCCUCGACCGCGGCGUCGACAGGACAAGCGACGGGUCGUGCAGCAGGCCACGGUGACGCCAAUACAACACUGAGAUCCACGCAGAGUCAGUCUACAUCUACCACGACAACUUCAUCAGCGGCAACAGUGCACGAGACUACCUCAGGAGCUGGAGGUGGAGACGGUAGUGGGCUCAAGGUUGGGGAGAUCCUGGGUAUUGUUAUUGGAAUUCUAUCCCUUAUUGUAGCUGUUGUCGGUGUCGCUAUCAUGAAGAGGAACCAGAAAAGUCAGCCGGCUACGACGACCGAUAAGUGGAAUUGA